UGACCUGGGGUCCAGCAGUCUUGCAUAAAGUUGCUUACUUAUAAAAACUUGAAACUCCAUAUCCAAAAAGAAGAAACAUCACUGCUAUUAAUUUCAAUGGAUAAUUCAGCCAGUCCUGAUGAUGAAAGAGCAAGACUAUCCUCUUCGGACAGCCGCAAAAAUGGUGGCUGGAUAACCUUCCCCUAUAUGAUAGGAACAAUGGCUUGCUUGACAGUAGCUGCAGGAGGAUGGGUUAGCAACCUGAUUGUUUAUCUGAUACAAGAAUUCAACAUGAAGAGCAUCCCCGCUGCUAAAGUAUAUAAUGUGGCGAAUGGCUGCAUCACCACUUUCCCCAUUCUCACAGGAAUCAUUGCUGACUCCUUUCUUGGUUGUUUUCCUGUCAUUUGGAUUUCUUCCCUUAUCUCUGCUCUGGGUAUAUUGCUUCUAGUAUUCACAGCAGCCAUUGACAAAUUAAGACCUCUGGUAUGUGAUGAUGGCUCCAGUGCCUGUAAAAACCCAUCAACAACUCAAUAUGCUGUCUUAUAUGUUGCUCUUGCACUAGCGUCUCUAGGGGCUGCAGGUACACGUUUUACUAUUGGAUCCAUGGGAGCAUAUCAGUUUGACAAGCCAAAACACCAAGGAAUUUUCUUUAACUGGUACACAUUCACCUUAUACACAUCCAUUGUUGUAAGCUCCACAGCCAUUGUCUACAUUGAGGACAAUAUUAGUUGGACCUGGGGUUUUGCCAUCUCUUUAGGUCUUAACAUCCUCGCCUUAGCCAUUUUUCUAUCUGGGAUACGUUCGUAUCGCCAUGUUAAGGAACAAGAAGGCAGCCCUUUUAUCAAUAUGGCUCGUGUUGUUGUCGCAGCCAUUCAGAAACGGAAAAUCCCCCUGUUUGAGCAAAGUCACCAUUACUAUCAUGAUCCAAGUGAUAAACACAAAAAUAUGGCUUCCCCUACUCCUACCUUCAAGUUCCUCAACCGAGCAGCCUUCAUCACCGUGGGAGACAUUAAAUCAGAUGGCUCCAUUGAGAAUACCUGGAGACUAUGUACAAUCCAACAAGUAGAAGAUUUGAAAAGCUUGAUUAAGCUUGCUCCUUUGUGGGGUAGCGGAUUAUUUUUAUCCACCCCUCUGAUCAUUCAAUCAAGCCUGCUAGUACUCCAGGCUCUAAAGAUGGAUCGUCAGGUGGGACACCAUUUCAAAAUCCCAGCAGGUUCUAUGUCAGUCUUUGUGUUUAUAUGGACUGCUAUAUCAAUACCCUUCAUUGACAGAUUACUCUACCCUUUUUUAGCUAAAUGCUCCCAAUUUUCUCUUACACCUCUUCGGCGCAUUGGGAUAGGCCAUGUACUAACGAUACUUAGCAUGGCCGUCUCUGCCUUGGUGGAGUCACAGCGGCUGAGGCUCGUGAGAUCCCACCAUCUCCAAGGCCAAAAUGGUGCCAUUGUUCCAAUGUCAGUCCUCUGGCUAGUGCCACAGCUAGCUUUUAAUGGUAUUGGAGAAGGAUUCCAUAUUCCGGGACAUCUAGGGUUUUACUACCAAGAGUUUCCUGCAUCCUUGAAAAGCACCUCAACUGCAGUAGUUGCAAUGUUCAUUGGUAUCGGAUUCUACAUGGGGAAUACUCUGAUUGAUCUGGUUCAGAGAACAACGAGAUGGUUGCCAGACAAUAUCAAUGAUGGAAGAAUGGAUAACGUCUUCUGGCUCUGUUGUUUCCUGGGAUCAGCAAAUUUCUUGUAUUACCUCGUGUUUGCCUCCUUCUACAAAUAUAAAAAUAUAGGUGACAAACCAAAUGAUGCGCCCAGUAAAUGAUACUUAUUAGUACAAUUCAAGAAGCAUGGAUUGGAUAAGC